UUAAAAUUUAUGAAAGAGAUUAUAUAUGUGUUGGAAUGAGAUAUGAAUUGUUUGCCAUGCUUCGGAAGCCAGGAAUUAGAAAACACUGAACAAGAGGAUCUUCCUGUUGCACAAACAAAAGGGCAUCCCUCUUCUCAACCUUCUGUGAAAAUUACUGACCCGCCAUCGGGACCUGCUAGUCAAGCCAAUAAGCAAGGAGAAGAAGGUGCUAUUGCGAAUGAUACAAAGGAAGCAAAUGAAGUUACGGUUAGUUCAGCUCAUAGUUUUGGUUUCCGAGAGCUGGCCAUGGCUACCAAGAAUUUCCGGAGAGAAACUCUAUUAGGUGAGAGUAGAGUAGGAAAGGUUUAUAAAGGAACUCUUCAAAGUACUGGCCAGGUUGUGGCCGUGAAGCAACUAGACAGACAUGGAACAAAGGCAAACAAAGAGUUCCUUGCUGAAGUCAAGUUGUUAAGUCUCCUUCGCCAUCCAAAUCUAGCUGAACUCAUAGGAUAUUGUGCCGAUGGAGAUCAGCGAAUUCUUGUUUUUGAAUACAUGGAAAAGGGUUCCCUAAAAAAUCUUAUGCAUGAGGAUCAACCAGAAAGAGAGCCAUUAGAUUGGAUCACAAGAAUGAAAAUAGCCUCAGGAGCUGCACAAGCUCUAGAAUAUUUACACGAGAAGGCGAAUCCACCCAUUCUUUAUCGCAACUUCACGUCUACAAACGUUUUGCUGGAUGAAAAUAUGGAGCCAAAGCUAACUGAUUACGGGCUUGUGAAGCUUGAAACUGACACUGGUAAUACUAUGCAACAAAGGAUAGUGUCUACUGUUGGUUGUGCUCCAGAAUAUGAACAAAAUGGUGAGCUCACUCCAAAAUCCGAUGUUUACAGUUUUGGGAUCGUUCUACUUGAGCUUAUUGCCGGAAGAAAAGCGCUAGACACCUCUCUACCAGAAGACGAACAAAAUCUAGUUAAAUGGGCCCAACCCUAUUUUAGAGAUCCAAAAAGGUUUCCUGAGAUGGCAGAUCCUCAGUUAAAAGGAGCAUUUCCAGAUAAAAGUUUAAAUCAAGCAGUUGGGGUAGCAGCGAUGUGUGUACAAGAUGACCCAUCUGUGCGACCCAUGAUCUCCGAUGUAGUUGCAGCCCUCAGCUUUCUCACCGUGACUCCCGUCCCACAACCACAAGCACAACAAGAAUCUCAACCACAAACUGAUCCUUCUCCUGCUCUAAAAGAUGAUCAAAAUGAAGAAAAUCGUUCAUCAUGGUCGUCUUCAUCAAAUGAAAAUGAACAAGAGCUUGAAGUAGCAUCUAGUCAGAAUGAUGAUUCAGAAGAUUAUAGCUAUACUGAUUCUGAAGAUGAGGAUGAACAUGCUUCAAUGAACAACUACAAGGCUCGAUAUGCUGAUGAUAGAGGUGGUGGUACUUCAUCUUCGGGAAGUUUAUACAACGAAGAUGAUUAUAGUGAGGAUGAAAGCCAACAAGAAGUGAAUUCCUAUCAAUCGAAACCAAAGAGCAUUAAACGUAAAGUUACAUUUGAGAAGGAAAAAGGAAGUGUGAGUAGGCAUUCAUCUAAACGAAACAACAAGAGUUUCAAAACACACUCGCAUACCAGUAUGAGAAAGAAAAGUGUAAACAGAAGAUCAUCAAGAAACAACUCAAGUAGGAUUGGAAAUAAUGAUCAAACUGGCAACGAGCCGUCCACAUCAAAUAAUAAAUCGCGGUCAAGAAGCAACAAGAGCUUCAGGACACAAUUAGAUUUAGGUUUGAGCCAGAAGAGUGUUGAUAGGAAAUCAUCAAAAAUCAAUGAAAGACCGGUUAUUCAUGGUAGUAAGAGCAAGAAAAGUCACCCCGUGUUACAAGACGAUCAAAGAAGUACUGAGCCUUAUGAAUCAAAUACCAAGUUGAGCUCUAGAAAUAAUCGUAGAAACAAUAUGCAGGUGAGCACUAGAAGAUCAAAAACUAACAAAAUCGAGUAUGGUGAAAGCGGCAACUCGUCAUUUUCAUCGGAUAGUGAAAGCAGCAGAAGAGAUUUGGACUUUGAAUCAACAAGAACCAACUUUAGUGAAUCGAAUUCGAUCAUCAGAAACAGUGAUGUAGAAAAUUUGGAUGCAAGAAAAGGAAAGAUUUAA